UCUCCUUUUUAUAUUUAUAAAAGCAAUGCCAAAAUGUCCAAAGAAAGCAUUUAGUAUGCUGGGUGUACCCUAACCAUCAAAUUGGUAAACAUAAUAUCUCGACUGUCUCUGAUCAAGAUCUACGAUCAAGUUGCCUUCAGCGAGCAGCACCGCACGCGCUAACGGUCUCGGUCGGAAUCUGUCUUGGAGGAAUAAUGAUAUAUGAGCAGUGGGGUGGUUGUAUGAGAUAUUGUGUAGAGAUACCUGUGUCUGAUCUGGGCCGAUUGGGCGGUAUUGAGAUAAACCAAGUCAGGCUGUGCAGACUCAAUGGCACCGAGAGUCUGAAGUCAUGAAUAAUGGAUGACUAGUCAAAAGACUCAGACUCACGUUCAUUAGAACUGGCUGAUAGAUCGCAGUCACCAAUGACCCUUCCAUCCCUCUCUCUCACUCUACGCUUUCUGUUCCUGUUCCUAGACUGCCAGAAGUACAAUACACUUUUGAACACUCUCUUAUCUCUACAAAUGAGCAGAGGGCAGCAGAGAACUAUACAGAAGGAGCAGAGGCAGCAGCAAUUAUCGCCAAGAGCCGCCCCCUGCCCAGCAGAUAGCUGGCCGAUAACAGCACUGGGAUCGGCAACUGGUGCAGGUCAUGCGAUAACAAGACAAAACAACAAACAGCAGCGAAGAACAAAGAAAGAAAGAAAAACUUCUCGUUUGCUGUAUUAAAACACAUUUACUCAGCUGAUAGCAUGUGGGAGCAGAGAGCA